AUGAAGCGGGGCCGGGGCUCGGGCCGCCCGGUGGGGUUCGUCAGCCGUGCGGCGCCUGUCGUGGCGGUGACAGCCGCGACGCCGACCGCCGCGGUGGUCGUCUCCACGCCGCCACCCUCCACGGCCUCCGCUGCCGUUGCCCAGAAGCAGCAGCUCGCACCACAGGCAGUCGCCGUUGUCCAGAAGCAGCAGCUCGCACCACAGCUAGGCACUGCGUCAGGUGAUGUGGUAGGAUGUGCUUCUGGUGCAAAUUUUACACCUCAUAUCUUGAAUGUUGUUGCCGGUGAGGAUAUUAAUAUGAAGGUUAUAUCUUUCUCGCAACAAGGUCCAAGGGCAAUUUGCAUUCUGUCUGCCAAUGGUAUGAUCUCCAAUGUUACCCUACGUCAGCAUGAUUCUUUAGGUGGUACCGUGACUUAUGAGGGCCGCUUUGAGCUACUUUCCCUGUCUGGAUCUUUUACGCCGACAGACAACGGGGGGACCAGAGACCGCUCCGGUGGAAUGAGCGUCUCUCUCGCAGCCGCUGAUGGUCGCGUCAUCGGAGGCGGCGUGGCCGGCCUCCUUGUGGCUGCUAGCCCUGUUCAGGUUGUGGUGGGAAGCUUCUUCCCGAGCUACCAGAUGGACCAGAACGCCAAGAAGCCGGUGGUAGAGAUGAAGACGGUGUCAACACAGCCGACACAGCCGGCCGUGGGGUUCACCAUUUCCAGCGGCGGCGACAUGGCGGACUCCUACAGCGGCAGCCAGCAGCCCAAGGGCGGCCACUCCACGUCGGCUUUCAGGGUAGAGAACUGGACCGCGCACCCCGCGGCGCCGGCUGAGGCGAGGAGGACGCCGCCACCACCGUCGUCGGAGGCCAAAGUCCCCGUCCCCGGAGGUUGAUGAAGGCGACAGAUAGUGAUUCAGAAGCAGCAGGAGGCUCUGCGAAUGUGCAAAUGUGCAGAGAAAUUCACCAUAUCUAUUUUACAGAAAAAUUCAAUUCAACAGUGAAAAAAAAACACAUAAAUAUAUGAAUAUUUGUGUGC